CAGUAUUUCUGGUAUUAGUACUUUUCCUGCAGUGAAGGAUCUGGAUACUUCUUCCACUUUUAAAAAAAAUACUCAUUUUUGUAGCUGGUUCAGUAUCAUGUCUUUUAUUAAAAAAAAAAAAAUGCUAAACGUUGUAUUUCGGUCUAAUCCUCCCCCUUUUCUAACUGUAAUUGGACAUUAUUUUGUCUCCACAUUUGUAACAAACACUGAUUCAAACAGAAGCUUGUUUUAUUAAUCACAUAUCUUUGAUAUUUCCCCCCCCUGGUUCUCAGUUUCUCAUUUGUCAAAGAGGAUGUUUCCAUCACACUCUCUGUCUACAUCAUUUUCUCCCUCAUGGUCUGAGGUGAAAUUUCACUCUUUAGAGCCUUUUUCUGUCUCCUUUCCUAGCCUUCUUUAAUUGCCCUCUCAUGUCCCAGUAAUCCCAGCGUACGUACCAUCCUCCCAGGCUGACUGGUAACCAGUCAUUUUCUUUCAUUUUGCUGUACAUGCUCCUGUGGCUCAGUGCCUCUCCGCUGGCUUCUGUUGUUCUCAGUAGCAGCAGCGUCUGAAGAGUGUCUCUACCUUCAUUGUGUUUCAGCAGAAAUAAACCCCAAGAAGAGGAGUCCCCCUUCACACUUUUGCACAAGACUGACAUUAACUUCUCCAAUCCUUAAAAACAAACAAAAUACAGACACUUUUUUUUUGGGGCUGCCUGCGUCUUUCUUUAUCUUGACUCGCCUGUACGGUACCGUACUGAAACAGAAAGUGACGCAGCGUCCCUUUGUGGCGUCAUGUCCCAGAAGUCGCAGUCAGACGGUGGUCAGAAACACUUCGCCGUGGGUCGGGGGCUCCUCGCCGCCGCAGAGACCUUGAACUUCAGCAUGAGCGAGCAGCGAUCCAGCCGGCAGAUGGGGGGCAUGUCCUCAGGUGUUGGGGUGGGCGGCGGCGGUGGUGGCAUGGAGGGCCAGGAUGGCGGCGCCCAGAUGUCCCGGCGUGGCAGCGGAGGAGGCGGCAGCCACAUUAGCAACACCAUGAAGCUGUUUGCCAGUUUGGGGCUGUCGCCCUCCGACCUGGACGCUCUGGCGGAAAUCCCAGAGGAGGACAUCAGCGUGGAGACGCUGCCGCGCAUCCUCAUGCAGUUAAAAAGUCGCAAGGGAGACGCAGGAGAGCGGCGCGGGGGGUCCAUGUCCUCUGACGCCGGGUAUCGAGGAGGCAGGGACAGCUGGGACGACGGGCACAUGGGCAGGAUGGGCGGCUCUUCACUGGGUCCCAGUUCAGCCCGGGCCCAGUCAUCUGGAGACUUUGGGUACGGUUCCCUGCAGGACAGCUCUCCCAGCCGGGGCUACGGCUUAAAUUACAGCAGCGGUGGGGCUGGGAGCAGAGACAGACCCUUCUCUGAGCUGUCCCGCCGAGAUUCCUACAGCGGCCUCGGCAUGGGCACGCCGGCGUCAGACCCCGCCUUUAUGCAGAGGAGAAAGGGCUCCCCGUCAAACGGAAAAGUCCAAGACUUCUUGGGAGUCAUGCCCCCCAUGUUCCCCCACGUGUGCUCUCUUUGUGACUUUGAUGUUCACUCCACCAUGGAGUGGAAUCAGCACAUCAAUGGACUUCGACAUGCUGAAAAAGGACGCCAGCUGCUCGACAUGUAUCCAGAGUGGGACCCUGGUAUGUCCUCAGGCAGAAGUUCGGGAAUUCUGGACACCCCCAACAUGUCUGCAGGGCUGCUGGGAGCGGCCCCGAUGUCCAUGUCUCAGACGGGAGGGGGCAUGUCCUCCAGCUGGGGAGGAAGUUCUGGUCCGUCGGGGAAGAACCAGCUGGGACAAAAUAAGCUGAGAAGCAGAGUGGUGGUGGUGAAGUACGACAGGAAGCCGCUGAGCAACAAGACUCUGUUUGCCUUCACCGAGCCGUUCGGCCGCCUGCGGGAGCACCUGGUCCUCAAGAACAAGGCCUUCUUAGAGAUGAACAGUCACGAGGAGGCUCUGGACAUGGUCAACUACUACCAGCAGCACCAGGCCGCUCUGUACGGCAAACCCAUCACCUUCUACCUGUCCAAGAGACUGCUGGUCAUCGAGAAAGACGAUCGGCAGAGAGACAUGGCGAUGGACGGACCGGUGCGGGACGUAAAGGGCCGCGGCAGCCAGGUGGUUUUCUUCUCCAACAUGCCCCGAGAGACGGAGAAGAAGAAGGAGCUACUGACCAUCGCCGGACGCUUCGGCGUCGUGGAGAAACACCUGUUCCUAACCGACCAGGCGUUCGUCCAGCUGGGAACUCCGGAGGACGCCGAGAUGCUGGUGAAGUAUUACAGCGUGAACCCGCUCACCAUCCGAGGGAGAUCCAUCCGCCUCAACAUCUGCGCCAAGUACAAGACCCUCAACGUGAAACGAGGCCAAGGUGAAGACGGCCGGGGCCAGCGGAGCAGCGGGGCGAACGCCUCGUCGUCUUCCUCCAGCGGCUCGGGAACCAGAGCUUCCUCCAACCCGCCCAGGAACUCCUCGUCCAGAAACAGAAGCAGAGAGGAGAGGAAGAAAGAGGAGGAGGACAAACCCAAACCUGCAGCGGCUGAGGAAGAGGAGGAAGAGGAAGAGGUGUCGGGAGUGAUGGAGGGAGAGGACGCAGCCGAGGAACAAGAGGAAGAAGUGAAAGAUGGAGACGCAGAGACGGAGGAGCCGGAGAGAGACGAGUCUGUGAAGGAAACGGUGGAGGAGUCUGAGGAGGUUCCUGAAGCCGAUGACGUCACUGAUGACACACCGGCAGAUGUGGGCGGGGCUGAAUGUGACGUCACCCAGGAGGCGGAGUCAGAGGGACAGAAAGAACCGACCGAAACCGAAGCGCCGGCUGAAACUGAAGCGCCGGCUGAAACCGAAGCAUCGGCUGAAGAACACGAGACCAAAGAAGAGCCGAGUACAGAACCGGGAGAGAGUUCAGAGGCAGCGGAGGGAGAUCUGCCAGACGACGAGUUUGAUCCCAGAUUCCUGGAGAACAUGGAGGACUUUGUGACGUUGGACGAACUGGCAGAGGACGAGGACGAAGAACACGGAGAGUCUGACACCAUCGACAACUCGAGGAAAGGGGGUAUGAGGGUGGUCAACGUGGUCGGCUUCAGACGAGGUUACAACUUCCUCAACGAGCUGCUGGGACUGGCCAAACCUUUUGGGAUAGUGGUCAAACAUCUGGUGCUGGACCUAAGACCUGAGGCGUACCUUCAGUUUGCCACAGAAGAAGAAGCGCGAGCGAUGGCCAAGUUUUACAACGGGAACAUCAAGGCGUCGGUGUGUGGGCGCCCGGUGAGGGUCAGCCACUCCAUGAGCUACCCAACCAUCCAGUGCGGCUCCAGCAGGGUGGUGUACAUCGGCCAGAUCCCCAACAUCAAAUACUCGGACGAUGCCAUCCUGAAACUGGCCGAGCCGUUCGGGAGAGUCAAGAAGUAUUUCCUCAACAGGCUCAAGAGAGAGUGUUUCAUCGAGAUGGACCGAGCCGAGGACGCGGAGAAGAUGGCCGAAGAUUACAAAGUGGAUCCUCCGAAGUUCAACGGGAAACGCCUGACCGUCUACGUCAGCAGGAAGUACCGGCAGCUCAAACACGGACACCGCUGCCCGUCCGUAGCCAAGAGAGAGAACAGCAGCUCGUCUCCUCAACUCUCCCAACUUCCUGAAGAGCCUCCGGCCAAGAAACCCAAAGAGGAGGAGAAGCCUGGAGAGGAAGAAGAGAAGGAAGAGGUGAAGGAGGAGAGGGAGGAGAAACCGAGGGAGGAGGAAGAGAGGAAAGAGGAGCCGACGGAGGAGAAGAAAGAGGAAGAGAAGCGAGAGAGUUGUGAAGACGAGAAGCGAGAAGAAGAAAACUCGGCGGAGAAGAUUCCAGAAGUUUGUGACGAGAAGAAGAAGAGCGGCGAGGACGACGAGGAGAAGAUGGAGACAUCGACCAAUCAGAACGGACCGCCAGAUGUCCCCCCGCCGGCGGGAAACAAACCCAGCGUGGCGUCUCUGCCGCUGCCCCCCCACGACCCCGACACCCCUAUCGGUGUUGAACAUGUGAAGAUGGGUUAUUACUGCCGCGUCUGCUUCCUGUUUUACUCCAACGAAGAGACGGCCAAGAAGACGCACUGCAGCAGCCAGGCGCACUACGACAAGCUGCAGAAACAUCUGGAGAAGGAACAGAGCAAAGCAGAGAAGAAGAAAGGGAAGAAGACGGCCGGGUAAAAACACAUAGGAAGAGUUUUUUUUAUUUGACUUUGAUUUGAUCCAUAAAAUGUCAGAAAGUCAGUAAAUCAAAUCAUUCGUCUUCUCCGUCUGUAAAUGUCUUAUAUUUGACCGACAACAAUCUAAGAAAAAUAGCAAAUGAAAGGGUGGAUUUUCAGAAUAAAAGCUUGGAUAAAUGGAA